AUGAAAAAUAGGAUGAGAACCUUGAAGAAAUCUUAUGCUACUAUGAAGAGAAUGGUGCAACAUAGUGGAUUUAGGUGGAAUGAAGAAACUCGAAAAGUUGAUGCCGAAGAUGAUGUUUGGGAGCAAUACCUUUCAACUCACCCAAAAGAUGCUCAAUAUAAGACGAAAAAGUUGCCAGACUAUAAUACUUUGGCUUUGAUUUUUGGAGAUAUUGUCGUUGAUGGUAGGAAUGGAUGUGAAAUUAAUAAUACAGAGGAUUUUCAAAAUGAAUUUUCUGAUGAGGAGAUAACUGGCGAAAAAAUUACUACACCUGCUUCUGAAGAUGCGCAGUCUAUUGAUCAUGUAUAUCUUGAUCAAAACAUAAGUUUCACGAGUACUAAAACAACUCAAUCAACUGGUCAAGAUAAGAGAGCAGGAAAAGGACGGUUAGCUGAGGAACAAACUUUGACAUCUCGUCCCAAAAGAAUUAGGAACUCUAUUGGAAUUAGUUUGGCUAAAUUCGUUGAUAGAUGGACAGCCAUAGCUAAAGAACAAAUAAGGCUACAACAUGAACCAAAAAAUACUUUUAAGGAGAAAUUAAUGCCUUUGAUAAUGGAACUAGAAUUGGACGACGCAUGGAGUAUACGAGUUAUCGAUCUCCUUACAAAUGAGAGAAAUGUUGAAUUCUUUGCUGCUAUGGCUCCUCCUCUUAGAAAGAAAUGGGUCAUGCACAAACUUGGAUUAUAUGAUUGA